UGUGAUAAAGUAGCCUAAUUGCCUCCUAGUGUUACUGUAUAUUUAACUGAUUUUUGGAAAUACAUAUGCAUUGUCUGAAGUGACAACCUUUUAUUGUAAAUAUAGUCACAAAACUAUAUUUGCAAACUGGCUGAAAUGAACGAAAAUGUAUUGUUUUGGGUCAAUCCCAAAAUUCAGCCCUGAUUGGUCAAGAGAAAAGCACGUGAAAAGAGAGUCACGCGCUUUCCAGGAACCCGUCAGGAAGAAGAUAAACAAAACAAACCAGAGAGGAAGGCAGCGUGGACUCCGACGAAAUGAUAGAAAGUUCGUUUAAAGACGUGAAAAUACGGAGAUAAACCUUGUAGAGAUAACUAUAUGGAUGUUACAAAGCAGUCGUACAUGGCCGCCCCUAUCGAUUUGGAAAACUAAUACUGGCAGCAUGUGAACUCCUGGACACAGUUUCGUCCAACAUGAGAUUACAGCGACCAGACAACGGAAGAGGACCGCACAGCCGUAUCCAAAUGAGCUGCUAGGCCUCCGGAUCAGGCGAGCAGACACAAAAAAGGACUUUGUUUACCACCCAGAGACCUUUUUUUUUUUUACUGGAGUUUUUUUUUUUGGCAUAAGAAGGAAGAAAGAAAACAGAGAGCAGGUUACAAGUGGCGGCAGAAAAGUUUCCGAUAAGGAACUGGCGAUCUGUGCUUGGCAAUGCCUCAGCCCAGCAUGAGUGGGAUGGACCCUCCCUUUGGGGAUGCCUUUCAGAACUACACUUUUGCUGACCAGGCGCUGACUAGCACAGAUCUAUUGGCCAACAGCUCAGACCCAGACUUUAUGUACGAACUGGACAGGGACAUGACGUGCCGGCAGAGCCCCAAGGGAGACAUGCUGGGCGUGGGCGAGUGCCGCGAGAUGGAGGGCAUGGAGCCGCUGGCGGAGCUGGGCGACAGCAGCGAGCUGGCCCACAGCUCCAACUUCGAGCAGUGGGACAGCUACUGGGAGGACCUGACCAAGUACACGCGGCUGACCAGCUGCGACAUCUGGGGCACCAAGGAGGUGGACUUCCUGGGCCUGGACGACUUCUCCAGCCCCUACCAGGACGAGGAGGUGAUCGGGCGGACGCCCACGCUGGCGCAGCUCAACAGCGAGGACUCGCAGCCCGUGUGCGACACGCUCUACCACCCCGACCUGCUGCUGCCGCCGGGGCCCAAGCAGCCCAUGCUGCUGCCCUCGCUCUCGUCCGCGCAGGGCAAGAAGGCCGGCCGGCCGCCGCUCUCCCUCCCGUCCUGCUCCGCGGCCUCGUCCUCGUCGGCCGCCACGGGCAGCCAGAACCAGCUGCCGGACUUCGCCGAGGGCUCGCAGAAGGCCACCUGGCCCGUGGCCACGAGCACGGAGACCAUGUCCAAGACGCAGCACCAGGGCUCCUCCAAGGCGCUCGGCUCGAGCGCGACGGAAGGCGGCGGCAUCGGUAGCGGCGGCGGGAGCGACUUUGUGCGCAAGGCCAAGGUGCGCAUCAGCGGCCCUCACCGCUACCCGGGCAAGCUCCCCGACCCCCAGGCCAGCGCCUCGCCCUCCGGCUCCUGCUCGCUCCUGGACCUCCCCAAAGGGGCCACCACUACUGCCAGUCUGGUGCCCCCGCGCCCGGGUGCCAGCCGGGCCUCCUCCUCCUCCUCCGCCGCCGCCGCCGCCGCCCAGGCCGCGCCCGCUGGCCCUCUGCCCGCCGCGGGGGACCGGAAAGCCGUGGCGGAGGGCUCCGUCAAGCUCGAGUUGCCCGCGGGCCCGGAGGUGGGCACCUCGCGCGGCCUGCCCGUGAAACUGCACUUCCCGGCGAUACCGGGGGCCAGCGAGAGCCUUCUGCCCGUGGUCGGCGUGGCGACGGCCGACGCGGAGACCGCGGGUGUCGCGGUGACCGCGGCAGCAGGGGCAGCAGCGGGCGAUAAGACCAAGGAGGAGGAGCACAACUACUCGCUCUUCCUCACCAGGGCCAGACUGGCGGGCAAGGCGCUGCCCGAGGAGGAGGAAGUGGACGAGGAAGAGGAGGACGAGGAGGAAGGAGAGGAGGAGGACGACGAGGCGGGACUGGAGCUGGACGACGAAGACCACGACGAAGGCUUCGGCAGCGAGCACGAGCUCUCGGAGAACGACGACGACGACGAGGAGGAGGACGAGGACUACGAGGGCGACAAAGACGACGACAUCAGCGACGCCUUCUCCGAACCAGGCUGUGAUGCUGAUAUGGUGGAGGAUGUGAAGGGCCUGACGGCAGGCCUUUCCCGUAAGAGGGGGAAGCGCCGCUACUUCUGGGAGUACAGCGAGCAGCUGACGCCCUCCAAGCAGGAGCGCAUGCUCAAGCCCUCCGAGUGGGACCGCGACACCCUGCCCAGCAACAUGUACCAGAAGAAUGGCCUGCAUCAGGGCAAGUACACCCUGAAGAAGUCCCGACGGACCGACGUUGAGGACCUAACUCCAAACCCUCGUAAGCUCCUCCAGAUUGGCAACGAGCUGCGGAAGCUAAAUAAGGUCAUCAGUGACUUGACGCCCGUCAGUGAGCUGCCCCUCACUGCCCGUCCACGCUCCCGCAAGGAGAAAAACAAGCUGGCCUCCAGGGCUUGCAGGCUGAAGAAGAAAGCCCAGUAUGAGGCCAACAAGGUCAAGCUGUGGGGACUUGGCACUGAAUACGAUCGAUUGCUGUUUGUGAUUAACGCCAUCAAGGAAGAAAUCGUUAGUAGAGUCCAGGAUCCAUCAGAUGACAAGGGAACAUGUAUGGCUGAUAAGCUUGACAAACUCAUCGAUGACACAUUGGUGAAGUCGCCAGUUGCCGGGCAGACGUCGGACUUCGUGAACCAGAUUCUGGAGACCACUGGGCGAGGGGAUCCCACAGGGGGGCUGGUGGGGCUGCGCGUGCCCACGUCGAAGGUGUAGAGGUGCCCCCCUUCCCCACACCCCAUCAACCCACGUCGGACAGCUGGGCACAGAACACCUGAAAAGCCAUCUGCGCCAUUCUCCUCCAUGCUCUGUAUCAGCCCGUUGUCUGCAUGACCUCCUGACCUGGAAGUGCAUCCUCCCUCGACACCCCUCUGCACCCCCGGCGGCCUCAACGGUCCCUGUCAGUACAUACAUGCCAGCCCUGGUAUUCAGUAUGUAUUUACGCACUCAACGCACAUAUAUAUAGAUAUAUAAAUAUAUAUAUAUAUAUGAAAAUAUAUACACACAUACAUCCAAAACCGUGGUAAUAGUCCCUGCACUCAGUAGUCUUUCUCCAACCAUCUCUGCAUGUGCUGGUAAAAAAACAAAAACAGAACCUGUUCAUAAGGGCGCCAUUUAAAGCCAAUAUACAAGAUACCUCCUGUGAAGAUUUUUUUUUUUUUGACUUUUGACUUUUAUUUUAUGUUUUUGUUUGGAAAUUUUCUCUAAAAAGACAGAGAGAAAAAGAAACAACAAAAUCAAAAUAAUCUGAUAUUGCAGUAGCUAUUUUCUGUAGUGUCCAAGAAAGGGCCUGAAGGAUACUCCUCUACUAACAUGGGAAAGCAGGUGUAGAUUGUGAACAUCACUUCAUCAGGCUGCAUAUUGUCUGAGCAUAGUCAAGAGUGAUCACAGCUGUGGGAUUUUUGUAAUCGAAGAAAAACAAACAAAAAAAAAAACAAUCACGUUUGUAGAAAUGGGCCCUAGUGUCCAUUUUGUCUUGUAAUCAGAUAAUCAGACAACCUGCUUCUCCAUAUUAUUCUGUGUAAACACGAUGGCUCUUCGCCCCAGCAACCGCAGUGGAUGUGUACGCUUUCUGAACUCCGUCCGCUUUCCCAUUCUAGUACAGUAGCAGUCAGCAGGUGAUCCUUUUUGCAAACUGCGUCAAAGGCAACGCAAAGAAAAUCAAACUCAAAAGAAACAACAAAAGUGAGGAAAAAAAAGAACGAGAAGCAUCCUUUUCUAAACAAAACAACUCUUUAAGUCUGAGAUGGGCUCAGAGGAGCGUCGUUGCUCCGAUGAGGUCUCGUCGUGGGUGGGAGCGAUCAGUAGAGUCGUCGAAAGGGGCUUUGUAAUUCUGUUCCUUUAAUGCCGUGGCUGUUUCUAGUUUAUUUUCCCUCCGCAGAGCUGAAUUUGUAAAACCAACUUGAACAGAUGGAAAAAAAAGUAUGUAUAUAUAUAUUAAGAUCCCAUUCUAUUCAAGGGGAGGGUUUCGUUCAGGUUGGGGAUAACUCUUCUAACUGUAUACUAGAUGGAGAACCAUAUUGACGACCCUUUUUUCCUUUGCUCUGUCUGUUCUGGUAGAAGUGUCUUCACAUGAUCGGAGGGAUAGCACACACCCCGGGCUAAUUUGGCAGUGUGGCAGCUAGUUGGGGGAGGAGGAGAGAUAGUUUGGGUCUGGUGUAAGG